AUGAAUCUCUCCGAGAAGCUGAGGAAAGUCAUGAGUCCUCUGGAGUCAGCAAGGUUACCUCACAUUGGAGCUUUUGACUGGUCUCAGCAGACGGAGCAGUUCUACCUCUCCUCUGCCCAGAUCAGCUCUACAACGCGGAGUAUGGAGCUUGAUGUUGACUUUCCUCCCUUGAGAAGAUUUGCACCUGAACCCAGCUGUGUCUCCAUGAAGAGCGACCAGUCAAUGGGACCGCCACUUCAAUUUAAAGAUGGAGGAUGUUCUACUGAUCUGAGAUUACAAAAGAAGAAAUUAAAUGUUACUUACAGAGAUCAGUUGGAAUCCAUAUUUAAGGAACUGGAGCUCAACGUCAUCAGCAUGUUAAAAAAUGAGCUACACAAGUUCAAAAAGCUACUGCAUGAAGAUUACCCAGCUUGCUCUGAGCAGGAGAUGAAGGAUGUGAAAGAUAUGAGUAGUUUCAGAGAGGGGGCGCUAAAGAUCACACUGAAUGUUCUGAAGAUCAUGAACCAGACAGACCUCGCUAACGCCCUGCAGAGUAAACUAUUAGUCUCCGUGUAUCAGAAAAAACUCAAAUCAAAUCUGAGAGAGAAAUUUAAAAGAAUCAGUGAAGGAAUCUCCCAGCAUGGAAGCUCAGCACUUCUGAAUGAGAUCUACACAGAGCUCUACAUCACAGAGGGUUGGAGUGGAGACGUCAAUAAUGAACAUGAGGUCAGACAGAUUGAAGCGGCAUCCAGGAGACCAGCAACACAGGAGAAACCCAUCAAAUGCAACGACCUCUUUAAAGACACGUCCAACAGAACUGUGCUGACUAAAGGAAUCGCUGGAAUUGGAAAAACAGUCUCAGUGCAGAAGUUCAUUCUGGACUGGGCUGAAGAAAAAGCAAAUCAGGACGUCAUCUUCAUACUUCCACUUCCUUUUAGAGAGCUGAACUUGAUGAAGCAGGAAAAUCUUAGUCUGAUGGAACUUCUUCAUCAGUUUUUCCCAGAAAUCAAAGGUCUUUCAUCAUUAGACUGUUAUGCUUAUAAAGUUUUGUUCAUCUUUGAUGGUCUGGAUGAGUGUCGACUUCCUCUAGAUUUUCAAAAUAAUGAGCGAUUGUGUAACGUAACAAAGUCAGUAAAAAUGGAUGUGCUGAUGACAAACCUCAUCAAGGGAAACCUGCUUUCCUCUGCUCACCUCUGGAUCACCACUAGACCAGGAGCAGCCAAUCAGAUCCCUACUGGGUGUGUAGACCAGGUAACAGAGGUACGAGGGUUCAGUGACCCUCAGAAAGAGGAGUACUUCAGGAAGAGGGUCACUGAUGAGAACCUGGCUAGUAAAAUCAUCACUCACAUAAAGUCAUCAAGAAGCCUCUACAUCAUGUGUCACAUUCCAGUUUUCUGCUGGAUCUCAGCCUCUGUUCUAGAAAGAAUUCUGGAUAAAGCCGAGGGGAAAGAGAUCCCCAAAACUCUGACUCAGAUGUUCACUUACUUUCUGAUCUUUCAGAUAAAACACAAGGAACAAAAGUACCAUGGGAAAUCUGACCCUGAUCCACACCAGACCAGAGAAUCAAUACUGGCACUGGGGGAACUGGCCUUCCAACAGCUGGAGAAAGGAAACCUGAUCUUCUAUGAAGAAGACCUGACAGAGUGUGGCAUCGAUGUCAAAAACACAUCUGUAUACUCAGGAGUCUGCACCCAAAUCUUCAAAAAAGAGGCUGGACUGCACCUGGGUCAGGUCUUCAGCUUUGUGCACCUGAGUGUUCAGGAGUUUCUGGCUGCUUUAUAUGUAUUUCUCACCUUCAUCAACAAAAACAGAAAUGUGCUGGUGAUGCAAAACACUAGAUUCUUUAACAUCUUUAGAAAUUAUACAAAUAUGUCUGACUUUCUAAAGAGUGCAGUGGACAAGGCCUUACAGAGUAAGAAUGGACACCUGGAUCUUUUCCUCCGCUUCCUUCUGGGUCUCUCACUGGAGUCCAAUCAGACUCUCUUACGAGGCCUACUGUCACAAACAGGAAGUAGCUCUUACAACAAAGAGGAAAUAGUCAGGUACAUCAAGGAGAAGAUCAGUGAGAAUCCCUCUCCAGAGAAAUCCAUCAAUCUGUUCCACUGUCUGAAUGAACUGAACAAUGAUUCUCUAGUGCAGGAAGUCCAGAAAUACCUGAACAGAAAAGGUUAUGUUUAUCACGAUGGACUCUCCUCUGCUCAGUGGUCGGCUCUGGUGUUUGUGUUGCUGAACUCAGAUCAGGAGCUGGAUGAGUUUGAUUUGAGGACGUAUUAUCCAUCACAUGAAUGUCUUCUGAAGCUCCUGCCUGUGGUGAAAGAAUCAAGAAGAGCUGAUUUGAGGGUUUGUAAUCUAACAGAGGAAAGUUGUGAAGUUCUGUCCUCAGUUCUCAGUUUAAACUCCUCCAGUCUGAAACAUCUGGACCUGGAUAACAAUAAACUGAAGGAUUCAGGAGUGAAGCUGCUCUCUGCUGGACUGGAGAAUCCACACUGUAAACUGGAGAUACUGGGGUUGGCUGGUUGUAAUCUAACAGAGAAAAGUUGUGAAGUUCUGUCCUCAGUUCUCAGUUCAAACUCCUCCAGUCUGAAACAUCUGGACCUGGAUAACAAUAAACUGAAGGAUUCAGGGGUGAAGCUGCUCUCUGCUGGACUGGAGAAUCCACACUGUAAACUGGAGAUACUGGAGUUGUGGAAUUGUGAUCUAACAGAGAAAAGUUGUGAAGUUCUGUCCUCAGUUCUCAGUUCAAACUCCACCAGUCUGAAAGAUCUGAACCUGGAUAAAAAUGAACUGAAGGAUUCAGGAGUGAAGCUGCUCUCUACUGGACUGGAGAAUCCACACUGUAAACUGGAGAUACUGGGGUUGAGGAGCUGCAGUAUUACAGAUGAAGGUUUUACUGCUCUGGCUUCAGCUCUGAAAUCAAAUCCAUCAUCAUGUCUGAGAGAACUGCGACUGAACAACAAUCAUCCAGAAGAAUCAGGAGUAAAACUGCUCAAAGAUCUACAAAUGGAUCCACAAUGUAACCUGAAGAAACUAAGCUUCUGAUUCUAAUACACAUUGAAUUGUAAGAAGAUAAAGAGCAGUGAAGAUAAACACCAUCUACUCUUCACACUGGGAUUCUACAUGGUUUAGCUUCUUACUGUUCAAAUCUGUAAACAUGCUUUCUGUAUAACUGUGUGCUCCUCUUAUGACAUAAUUUCCUGUACAAGAUCAACACCCUUAGACCCAUACUGAAGUGCUGAUGGACCUUCAUCUUCUUCUUCUAUACAUCAGUACUGAAGUAAUGAGAUUGAUGAGUCCAUCAGGUUACUGAUACCUCUAAAACAGAGUGAGGGUCUAUGAGGGUUGUUUUAGAAAAGCCUGCAUUAGCUUGAUUUAUUAGCUGGCCUGUAAUGAAGAAGUUUAAAGCUACUAGAGAUGUUGAGAUUCUGCCUGGAGAAGAACAUGAGGAGGAUUACUCAAGUGUACUCAAACUCGUAAACGCGGAUCGUUUACUCUGCCGUUUCUCAGCACUUUUUAAACCGCUCAUUUAUGUAAAUACAGACUGUCAGACAAAUAUCAUUAAAACUUCACAACCAGAAACGGUUUAACGGACCUUUUAUUGUUAAACCACUUUGGAGAUAUUUCAUGUGCAUAAAUACUUCUAAAGCUGGAUUUAUGUUUCAUGUUACUUCCUGUAAAGUAUGAAGCCAGAUUUAUACUAGAUGUGUUUUUUUUUUUGUCAAUGGCACAAGUAACUUGUCCAUCUGUAAAAGUAAUAUUAUUGCUGAGGAGUAGAUUCACAUUUUAGACUUAUAUGCACCGAGAUCAGGAUCAUUUGACGCUGGAUAUUCAAUGUUUGCUGUUUGUGUGAAGUUAGGGAUCGUCUCAAAAUUGAUCACUGGCAGCAAAAACCAUUCAUUUGCUAUUCAAUAACUGCUGAAUCUAAUGAU